AUGGAUAAUCUUCUUGAUACUAGAUCUCCCGGCGAAGCCCGCACCGCUCACCCACCUGUUUAUGAAGUACCCGAGUUCAUGGUCAGGAAACUGGACGGAAAUACACAUCCAGCCCUCAUAGCUACACCAGGCUCUGGAGUCAUUUAUACAGGGUCUCAGUCUUGGGUUUCAGAGUCUUCCGCAGUUGAUUCCAUUGACUAUGACCAACUCUAUGCCAAUGCCAUUCAAGCACAGCAUGGAUUUAUCCGCAAAGUGGAUGUGUUGUGUUCAAAACGAAAGCUGCCUCCUUUGGACCUAUCCGAUAUCCACUCAUGGUCAGACGUCGAACAGUCAGUCUCCAGCGCUUGUGAAGCAUUGGAGGCUUUGUCAUCGAAGGAGAAAAAACUUGUUCCAGGUUUCACCGGCAAACUGAAGCAAGCGUUUCAAAAGCUUUGUAGGAACGCUGGUGCUGGCACCACUCUUACAAACCUUGUCCCGACAGAUUCUUAUUGCUCCGUUCUAUGCGGUGGCUUGAAGAUCAUUUUCAAAGCGCUCGAGGAGACCGACCGCUACAGAGAAGAGAUAUACAAUACUUUAGAAGAGUUGCCCUUCAUACUGAACGACAAUGCCUCAUUCGUCAGCCUAAAUUUCGCAGACGAAGAUCUGCAUAGACGCGCAGCUUCUAUAUAUGCGGCUAUUUAUGGACUAAUGGAAGUAAUUGUAGAUUGGUUCCUCAAGCCGUCGCUAGUAACUGGGGUAAAACUGUUUGCAAAUCCCACUGGAUUCACCGAAAGGCUGAAAAACAAAAUGGCCAUGGUAAAGGUAGCCGCACAGCGAUUUACUACUCGCGUUGCUAUACUGUCAACGGAGAAGCAAGAAGGCUUGUCACAGCAAAAUCUCACUCUCAUGUACGGUCUCGGCAAGCACUCAGAACAAGUCAUGGCAGAGUUUGGUGAUAUAAGAUCUCGGCUUCUGGUCCUGGACAAGUUGACCCAGUUCUUCGAUGAUACAGCAAAGGCAGAACUUGAACGCCAGCAACUUCGGUUACAAAGAGAGGAAGCACCUCGGAUCCAGGCUCCCGCAAUCACUGUCGAAGAUGUACUUACAGAGUGGCGCUACGAGCCCGAUUUAGUGCACAAUGACUACACAAAGAUAUUGAGAUCGCAACACAUCCCGGGCUAUGAGAUUGAUCAGGAUCUUGUCACCACAAUCAAGUUUCAUCCUCGAUUCCAAUCAUGGCUGACGCUUGACGAAUCGUUAGUUCUCUUUGUUGAUACAAGGUCCGAUAACCCCAUCAGCAGUUUAGAGAUGCCUGUAGUUGCGGCUGAAAUCUACCAACGUCUGGAAGCCUUUGCCGAUGAGCACAACCGAGAAGCCCACGGUGACGUCGCGCGUAUCAUACCUUUGGCAUUUUUCACCAGUCAGCACAAACAUAUGAGCGGAGAUCCAAACUCGAGCCCAAACGAACUGGCGAUGAGUCUCUUAUUGCAGCUUGUCGACCACUACCGCGACUUCAACAGAGACGAUCUAGACCUUGUAGCAACAGAGGUUGAUCCUACCGAUAUCGAAGCGAUCUUUUUCGUGUUCGAGAGCCUUCUUGCGCAGCUAUCACAAAACACGAUCCUGAUCCUAAUUAUUGACGACCUGAACCCUUUUACACAGCCAGUGUCACGAAAGAGAGGCAUGAUGCUAGUUAUAGAGUUGAUGUUGGAUAUUCACCGUAACUGCGAGUACACGGCGAAGCUCAAGUUUGUAUUUGGAAACUCAUCUCGCAAUGAGUUCAGUCAUGGGAUAUUUGAAGAGGAUGAAACUUUGAGGAUAUGGCAAUCUGAUGCGACUUUACCUAUCAGUGAGCGUUAA